UUAUUAGCUUUGCCUAGCUUUCCAACACCUUGCUUCUAUCAGUCUCCUUUUGUUGUUAAGUGUUACCAAGCUUAUAACAGUUCUACCUCAGUGACAUUUAGUUUUAACUGUAAUCGCUGAAGGCCAUGGGGAUAUCGCAGAGUUUGUUUUUGUCGGACGGUGGGAGUAACAGUGGAUAUCAUGUUCACGGGGUUCAAGAAGACUCACCUGCACAGAAGGCUGGUUUGGAGCCUUACUUUGACUUCAUUCUCUCUAUAGGAAACACCAGACUUAAUAAAGAAAGCGACUUGCUGAAAGACCUCCUGAAGGCCAAUGUGGAGAAAGCGGUCAAACUCGAAGUGUACAACUCAAAAACCCAGCGGGUGAGGGAGCUGGAGGUGACGCCCAGUAACAUGUGGGGUGGUAAGGGUUUGCUGGGCGCCAGCGUACGCUUCUGUAGCUUUGAGGGAGCCAGUGAGAACGUGUGGCAUGUUUUGGAUGUGGAAGCCAACUCUCCCGCAUCACUGGCUGGACUCAUUGCACACAGUGACUUUAUUGUCGGAGCUGACCAGGUGUUACAAGAUUCAGAAGAUUUCUUUUCCCUGAUUGAAGGCAGUGAGGGGAAACCUUUGAAGCUGUUAGUUUACAACACACAGAAUGAACAGUGCAGGGAGGUAGUGGUGACUCCCAAUGGAGCAUGGGGAGGUGAGGGAAGUUUAGGUUGUGGUAUUGGCUAUGGCUACUUGCACAGGAUUCCAACCCAUCCAGUCCAGCUUAACUCCCAGAAUAAAAGUCUCCUUCAACCAGAGGUCACUGACAGCGGUGAAGAGGGAGCAUCAGCUGACCAUAGAGCGGUGCCUUCUAUAGCUAAAAGUGGCCAAUCUAAUGAAGCAGGUUCACAAAUUGAGGGAGUUGCGCACAAUCAGAUUGCAAUCUCACCUGCACAGCAGGCUGCAGACCUGGACGUUUCCAACACUCCUGAAGCCACGACUUCAAAUUUGUCAGACGUCAUUUCCACCAAUGAUGAGGCCCACGGCUCCAUGUUUGCUAAUUACAGAGAUGACAUGGGUGAUCAAUGUAGCUUUGAUAAUUCAUCUUUCGACCAAAGACCUUCAUCUCCAGAGAGGGAGGAAGAACCAGACAUGCAGCACACUGGGCAGGGGUGUGGUUUAGACCUGACCAGCAGCACGACUCGCACCACAGAGACUGCAGACAACACCACUGACCUUAAAGCCACCACAGAGAAUAUGACAAGCAUCCCAGAGAUGCAGGAGGUUCAUUCUGAGCCUUCAAGCUCGGGCCAUAUCUCAGAGCCUGCUGUGUUACACACUUAAAAAGAACUGCGGCAACAAAGAAGUGGCUCCCCAGCUGAGUUGCAUAAAAGAGGAUUAAGAGUAAUCCAUAAUUUUAAGUUGUAUCACUGGAACAGUUUUUAUUUUUACAAGUAUUUUAUUUAUAUACAAGUACCAUUACUUUACACUAAAUUGAACAUAUAAGAAUAAUAUUACAUUGACUUGAAAUACAGAUUGUAAUGCAAUAUGAAUGUACUCAAGAGUUUAGGCAUACUUUAUGUUUCAGUAUCAGACAAAAUCAAGCCUUUGUUGAAUUAUUUGCACAAGAAAAGCCACAUGUGAAGAAUAUGCAGCUUUGUUCUACUAAAUAUAAUCACACUUGAAGUUUAAGCUGAAGUUUUGGUUUUUAGAAUAAGGAUUUAUGUUUUUAUUUUCUAGAGGAUAGGUGUAUAUAUAUAUGUUUUUGAAUCUCAGGCAUUUACAAUUUAAGCCUUUCUGCCUUCGUGUCUUGUGAGAAAUACCUUCACUUAUUUGUAUGUUUGAGUUUCAGUUGGUGUAAAUGAGUGAGCUGCGUUCGAUGCAGCUUUCUGCUCCGUUUGUGUUUCUUUUGUUUCUAUGGGUUCAUUGAAAUAAUGUUUCAGGUUUAUAUGUAAGGAAGCAAAUUUAUAUAAAAGAAAAUGCUUUUAAG